UGUUUUUUUUUGUCUGGAAAUAUUUUUUGGACAAUUUUUAUAAAAUUUUAACUAAAAAAUGACACCGCCAGCUACAAAACGCCUAAAAAUGGAUAAAACAACACAAAUUAAAGCCAUAUUAUCUGAUGACUAUACCGAAAACAUUAAAGAUGUGGAAGUGUUUGUCCACACAGUGCAGGACAAAAAGGAUAUAUCAAAAAUUAUGCAGGAAUUGGCCAAUAAACUGCCUUUAGCAAGUCUACAGCAUUUAAAGAGGGUCAAUGGAAAACAGAUAAUAAUAUGUGCCACAAAUGAGCUGAUUGAGAAGGAAAACUUGCAAAUAUUUUUAGAACAAAAAUUAGAAAGUAAAGAAAUAAUAGAUAAAUUAUUAACCCAAAAUGAAAUUAUAAAGGUUCCUAGUGCUGCAGUCAAAUUAAGAUGGCAAUAUGAAGAAAUCAGCAGUAAAUGGCCAUGUAAAUUUCAUCCCGAUAAAUAUAUGGAACAACGAUAUGAAGGUACUAACUUUACCUUACACGACAAAGAGUUUCAUUUGAAAAUUGCUCGCCUAUUAAAAAGUGUUUCCAUGAAACUAGCAAAUGGUAAUUGUGUGGGUAUAUGUAUAGAUCCAAGAUUUAAAAGUAUAGUAGCAAUAGCUGCAAGUGAAAAGCGUAAAAGUCCCGUCAUGCAUGCUCCUAUGGUAUUGGCAGAUUUUGUAGCAAAAUCUCAAGAAGCUGGCGCUUGGAAUGAUAUUUUAGCAGAAUAUGGUCAACAAGAAAUGACUGAAAAAUCAAGUGAAUUCAAUAUGUUGGGUAUAGCUAAGCACUACGAAAUAUUCCUAAACGAAAACGAUGAGUUCAAAACAAUAAAACUAGGAGCUGAAAAAGUUCACGAAAAGGAAAAACUAAAUCUUGAUGAUAUGUCUUCUCUAGAAGGUGAUAAUCUAACAAAAUAUGGCCCCUAUUUAUGCACCGGCUACGAUAUUUAUCUCUCACAUGAACCCUGCUUAAUGUGCAGCAUGGCUCUAGUGCACAGUCGCGCCAAAAGAGUAUUUUUUCUGGAAAAUACUCAAAAUGGAGCUUUAACAACAAAAUUUAAAUUACAUGCUGUACCGGAACUCAAUCAUCAUUAUGAAGUUUAUCAAUUUUUAUAUAAUAAUAAUGCUGAAAGUGAAAAUAAAAGUUAA